AGCUGCUGGGAAACGGACGAGAACAGCAAAUAGACGGAAGCGGGCACACACACACACACACACAGACACACACACAUAAACGCACGCACACAGUGUGGAGGCAAAAUGGUGUGAGAACGAGAGCCCAAGAAAGUAUGCAACACAAAGAGCUGUGCAUAACGGGCCGCCCAGCAAAUUAUUCGUCCGUUAAUUGUGGCAACAACAACAAAUUGAAGGGCAACAAUAACAGCGACAACGCGCUUGCAGCUGAAAUAACAACAGCAGCUGGGACAACGAAAGAACGCAAUUGAGAGAGUGUAUCAAAAGAGCAAAAGAGCGAAAGAGUGAGAGAGAGAGAGAGAGAGAGGGAAGGAGAACGCAUAUUGCAGGGCAAAGGAUAAAGCGAGAAGAGAAACUAACAACGACGACGCAUAAACAAAACUGAAACUGAAAAUAUUUGCCCAAAGAAUAACACAAAUACAGCCAUACACAUAUAUUUCAGAAAGUGAACAGCAAAAGCAACAAAAAACAGCAGCAGCAGCAGCAGCAGCAGCGGCAGCAGCGGCAGCGGCAGUCGGGAGCCUGCUUCACAGCGAGGCACGUACCACGACCGUCCAAAAAUGAAUAUGCUACACAGUUUCAGCGGCGGUGGCGCCUCCAAUGCCAACAGCGAUGCCACCAGCGAGUGCGAGCUGAAGGAGCGCCUGAUUGCGAGCGUUAAGAAGGAGGUAAAACAACUGAUGGAGGAGGCGGUCACCAAGAAGUAUGUGCACGAGGAGAGCAGCUCAGUGACAUCGCUUUGUGCCGCUGUCGAGGCCUGCCUCAGCCACGGCCUGCGGCGGCGCGCCCUGGGCCUGUUCAAGACCUCAUCGACGACAGCGCUAAUACAGAAGAUAGCAAAGAUCUGCCCGGAAGCGGACUAUGUGAGCCGUCGUCUGUUGGAGCUAGAGCUGGCCCAGGAGAGCCAUGCGGUUAGCGGCAAGCGCUCCUCCUCCAGCAGUGACAGCAUCAUUAAGCCGAAGCUGCUCAGCAAGGGUAGCGGCAGCAGCAGCUCGGUGACCACCAUAAAUACGGUUGUCGCCUCGGUGGGUGCCAAUGGUGCGGCGGCCCCGCUGGGCAAAUAUCUGUGGAUACGCCUGGCGCUCUACGAGAAACGUUUGGCCAAGAUUAUUGAGCAUCUGGUGGGCAAUGCUCAGAGCUAUUAUGAUCGCGAGGCGCUGGUCGCCGAUCCCGAUUAUGGUUCCAUACUCAGCUCCCUGCUGGUGGGCCCCUGUGCUCUGGAGUUUACGCGCGCCAAGACUGCCGAUCACUACUGGUCCGAUCCCUGCGCCGAUGAGCUGGUGCAGCGCCAUCGCAUCAGUUCGGGCAAUCGGACGCCACCCACCUGUCAUCGGCCCAUUAUCAAUUUCAAGCGCAGCCUGCACACCAGCUCGGAGGACACGAGCAGCGGCAGUUUCAAGGCCUGCUCGCCGGCGAGCGUGGCGAAGGACUAUGUGGAGUCGCUGCAUCAAAAUUCACGGACCACCCUACUCUAUGGCAAGAACAAUGUGCUUGUGCUGCCCAAAGAUGUGGCAGAACCGAUGCCGGGCUACCUCAGUCUGCACCAGAGCAUCCAGUCCCUGACCAUCAAAUGGACGCCCAAUCAAUUGAUGAACGGCUACAACGAUGGCGAUGGCAGCGACAAGAGCUUCUACUGGGGCUACGCGCUUAACAUCAAUGUGGACGAGAUUGUCUAUGUGCAUUGCCAUCAGAAUCGUGGCGGUGACACCGGUGGCACCAUCAUACUAGUUGGCCAGGAUGGCGUACAACGGCCGCCCAUACACUUCCCGGAGGGCGGGCACCUGCAGGCGUUCCUCAGUUGCUUGGAAACGGGUCUGCUGCCGCAUGGCCAGCUCGAUCCGCCGCUCUGGUCGCAGCGCGGCAUUGGCAAGCUCUUUCCCUGGCCGAAAAGCGUGCGUCGGCAUAUCCUGCCCUCGGUCAUGGAGUCAUCCAGCGAUGAGACACCCAUUGACUAUGUCUUUCGCGUAGUCAGCAAAAGCCAGCACGAGGAGUUCCUGGCUACACAUCCCAUACUCGAACUUGGUCGCUCCAGUCCGCGGCGCAAGCAUUUGGGCAGCUGCUCGACCACCGGCAGUAGCGAUUGCUCCAGCAAGAGCUUGUCCAUUGACCAGAGCAGCAACCCAGAUCCACCAUUGAUACAGGCCAGCCAAACGGCCAGCAUUGAGCUGGUCUGCUCCACAAUGCGUCGCCAGAUAAUCUCGCGCGCCUUCUACGGCUGGCUGGCCUACUGUCGGCAUUUGUCCACGGUUCGCACCCAUCUCUCCGGCCUGGUCAAUGGUCGCAUAACCCCAGAUUUGGCCGCUGACGAGCAGGGGCUAACCAUACAGAAGUGGCAGGCAAUGAAUGUAGAUGGCAUUGUUACCGGUGAAUUGGAGCUCUAUCGUCUGGUCUACUUCGGUGGUGUUGAGCACGAACUGCGUAAGGAGGUGUGGCCGUAUCUGCUUGGCCACUACGCGUUCGGAUCGACGCCGGAGGAGCGUCAAAAGCAGGACGAGACCUGCAAACACUACUAUGAGACCACAAUGAGCGAGUGGCUGGCCGUGGAGGCGAUUGUGCGACAGCGCGAAAAGGAGAAGACGGCCCUGGCUGUGGCCAAGAUGAGUGCGGAGCAGGCACGACUGGCAGCCAAUGCAAAUGCCCUCACUACGGAUGAUCUGCUGUCGAAUGGUGGCGGGCAGCUGGAGCUGGACAAUGGUGAGCAGGCCGAGGGUGAGAACGAUGUAUUUGAUGACAACGAUUUCUCGGACAUAUCCGAUCCGGGUGACGAGUACGAUGAGCAGCCGCUAUUGGAGGAACAGCUGGCACAGGCACAGGAGGAGACAGUGGAACAUGAAGAGGAAUCAUCGGAUCCGUCGGCCGUGGCACCACAGCUAAGCGAGCAGUUACUCUUGGAGUCGCAGAACAUUGAUGGCAUGGAACCACUGCGUUUGCAGGACAACUGUUUUGGUGACUCCGAAGCUGAGGGCGAUCUGGGCUUCGAUGGCAGUGGCAAUAUACUGUUGCUCAGCAUUAAGAGUUCACCCUCCACCAGCAGCUACGAGACGGUAGGCAACGAGUUUGCCGAUCUGGCAGAUGUCAAAGUCCUAGAUGAGGCAGCCGCGGAGGCGGAAAUAGCUGUGGAUAUGGACUCGGAGCCCUACGGUCAGUUAAGCAAAUUUCACAGCGCCGAUGAUGUGCGCCACGAUGAAGAGCAUCCAGCAACGGCAGUCAUCAUUACAGAAGCCGCCUCGCUGGAUGACCUCGAUGUCCAAUGCAAUGACGACGAACCCACCGAAGAGUUCACCUCACGCAAGACCAGCCUCAUGUCGCCGCUUAACGAGGAUAUCACUGUUGUCGCCUCACUUGAUGCCCUGCAGGAGCCAAAGUCCGCCUGCGUCUCGCCCGCCAGCUCCAAUGGAGGCGUCUACAGCGUCGAGCUGCUGGAACAAUUUGGCCUCAAUCUGCAUCGGAUCGAGAAGGAUGUGCAGCGCUGCGAUCGAAAUUAUUGGUACUUUGCCAGCGAGAAUCUGGACAAGCUACGCAAUGUGAUAUCGACGUAUGUGUGGGAGCACCUGGACGUGGGCUACAUGCAGGGCAUGUGCGAUCUGGUCGCUCCCUUGCUGGUCAUCUUCGAUGAUGAGUCGCUCAGCUACAGCUGCUUCUGCAAGCUCAUGGAGCGCAUGAUCGAGAACUUUCCCAGCGGUGGUGCCAUGGACAUGCAUUUCGCCAAUAUGCGCUCGCUCAUCCAAAUACUCGACUCAGAGAUGUACGACCUGAUGGACUCGAAUGGCGAUUACACCCACUUCUACUUCUGUUACCGCUGGUUCCUCUUGGAUUUCAAGCGUGAGCUCAUCUAUGACGAUGUCUUUGCCACCUGGGAGGUCAUCUGGGCAGCCAAACAUAUUGCCUCCGGGCAUUUUGUGCUCUUCCUGGCGCUGGCGCUGCUCGAAACCUAUCGCGAUAUCAUCUUGUCCAACAGCAUGGACUUUACAGAUGUCAUCAAGUUCUUUAAUGAAAUGGCCGAGCGUCAUAAUGCCCAGUCGAUACUGCAGCUAUCUCGCAGUCUCGUCCUGCAAUUGCAGACAAUAAUUGAGAACAAAUAAGUUUCACAGGGGAACACAAUUUGGAGCAACUCACUCAAAAUGAAACUGGAAAGAAAAUGGGAAUCGGAACUGGAACUGGCUAUGUAGCUCACCUAGUUGCAUGUGUGUGUAUGUGUGUAAUUUUUGAGUGUGCAUGUGUGUUUGAGUGUUGGCUUUGCUUGCGAGUGUGUGCGUGCAUGCGUCUCUGUGUAUAUGUGAGCGUCAGUGUGGUUGAGUGCGGUCCCAAACGUUUAUAAGCUAGCACAUAGUAGGCUCAACAAAUUGGUUAGCUCUCGUUUCUGUCACCUGCAAUACAUAACAUCCGUACUUCCUGAAACAGUAUUGGAUAUAUAUAUAUAUAUAGCAUAUGUAGUAGUGAGCACUUAAGUAUUGCAUACUAAUGUAGAUUCUGGUUGCAACUCAAAGAAAGAGGCGAGAGAGAGAGAGAGAGAAAGAAGUAUCUGUAGCUGUAUGAAAUGCACCGUUAGGACACCGAACGCUCUUGGGGCAGUUGUUAGUUAGUUAUCGGUUAUCGAUUAUCGGUUAUCGAUUAUCGGAUAUCGUUUAUCAGUUAUUUACGAACACUGCGAUUGUGUAGAAAUGAACAAGUUUAUGCCCACUUGACGGGCUGUUUUGCAAUUUUUGAUUAAGUGACUGGGAAUCGUUUUAGAAGCGCAUCAACUCAGCUCAGUUGUAAGCAAGAAUGAAACAUACAAAAAAUAUUACAAAAAAAAAAAAUACAGAAAACUUAUAUAAAAUACACUUUAUUAAGUCAAAGACAAAUGCAAAA